UCGCCAGUGCGCGGCCCGGCCCAGCCCGCUCCCCCUGCCCGAAGCCGGCGGCCUGGCCCAGCGCGGAGCGGAGCCGGCACCAUGUGGCUGGGCCCCGAGGAGGUGCUGCUGGCCAACGCGCUCUGGGUCACCGAGCGGGCCAACCCCUUCUUCCUGCUGCAGCGGCGGCGGGGCCACGGCAAGGGCGGCGGCCUGACGGGUCUGCUUGUGGGAACCCUUGAUGUGGUUUUGGAUUCCAGUGCUAGAGUCGCCCCUUACCGGAUCCUGCACCAGACUCAGGACUCGCAAAUCUAUUGGGCAGUGGCGUGUGGCUCUUCUCGUAAGGAGAUCACAAAGCAUUGGGAAUGGCUAGAGAAUAACUUGCUGCAGACUCUCUCCAUCUUUGAUAAUGAGGACGACAUCACCACUUUUGUCAAGGGCAAGAUACAUGGCAUUAUUGCUGAAGAGAACAAGAAUCAGCAGCCCCAGGGUGAAGAGGAUCCAGGUAAAUUUAAGGAGGCUGAACUCAAGAUGCGGAAACAGUUUGGAAUGCCUGAGGUGGAGAAGCUAGUCAAUUACUAUUCUUGCAGCUAUUGGAAAGGGCGUGUUCCAAGGCAGGGCUGGCUGUAUCUGACUGUCAAUCACCUCUGUUUCUACUCCUUCCUGCUGGGCAAAGAAGUGACCCUGGUAGUCCAGUGGGUGGACGUGACACAGCUGGAAAAAAACGCCACACUGCUGUUCCCUGAGUGCAUUAAAGUGAGUACCAGGGAUAGCGAGCUUUACUUCUCCAUGUUCCUCAACAUCAAUGAGACCUUCAAACUGAUGGAACAGCUGGCUAAUAUCGCCAUGCGACAGCUAUUGGACAACGAGGGCUUCCUGGAGGACAAGUCCCUUCCCAAGCCCAGCAAGCCUCUAAAGAACAUCUCUGCACUCAAAAGAGAUCUGGAUGCUCGAGCCAAAAAUGAUUGGUACCGUGCCACCUUCCGGCUGCCCAAGGAUGAACGCCUGGAUGGACAUACAGACUGCACCUUGUGGACUCCAUUUAACAAGAUGCACAUCCCUGGCCAGAUGUUUGUUUCCAACAAUUAUAUCUGUUUUGCCAGCAAGGCAGAGGAGGCCUGUCACCUCAUCAUUCCACUCAGGGAGGUGGCAGUUGUUGAGAAAGCAGACAGCUCCAGUGUCUUGCCCCGCCCUCUCUCCAUCAGCACCAAAAGUAAAAUGACCUUCCUCUUCGCCAACCUGAAGGACCGAGAUUUCCUGGUACAGAGAAUCUCUGACUUCUUGCAGAGAACACCAUCAAAGAAAUCGGAUGGCUCUGGCAGAAAGUGGAAGGGGAGCUUCAGUGACACUGGAUGUGAGGAGUUUCCAGAGCUCUCUUCCAUUAGUCCACCUGCAGUCAGCCCAACCUCUACUCUCAACAACCAGUUGGUCAGCUUCUGUACAGGGGAGGUGCCAACAGCCUCCCAGGGGCUUCUCAAACUCUUCAGGAGAGACUCCGACGAGCUCUUAGGACCCAAAGCGGCAAAGGAGAAGAUGAAGGAAGAGUCGUGGAAUAUUCAUUUCUUUGAGUAUGGGCGAGGAAUGUGUAUGUAUCGCACAGCCAAGACCCGCGAACUGGUACUAAAAGGGAUCCCAGAGAAUCUUCGUGGAGAGAUGUGGCUCUUGUUCUCAGGGGCCUGGAAUGAGAUGGUGAUGCUUCCUGGGUACUAUGCAGAGCUGGUGGAAAAGUCAAUGGGGAAAUACAGCCUUGCCACAGAGGAAAUUGAGCGAGACCUGCACCGUUCCAUGCCAGAGCACCCUGCCUUUCAGAAUGACUUGGGGAUCGCUGCCCUUCGGAGGGUCCUGACAGCUUACGCAUUCCGAAACCCCACAAUCGGGUACUGUCAGGCCAUGAACAUUGUGACAUCAGUACUGUUGCUGUACUGCAAUGAGGAAGAGGCUUUCUGGCUCCUAGUGGCCUUGUGUGAGCGGAUGCUGCCAGAUUACUACAAUUCCAGGGUAGUGGGUGAGUCUGUCAAAUUCAUCAUGGGGGCUGGCAUUUCCUUCUACUAUACAAUCAGCAGAACUCAGGAAAGAAGGACAGUCGUAUUUAUUAACAGACCAUUAAACACAGUGCAUUUGAAAGAGUGUGGGACACUAGCCGAUGAAAGCUUUGGCCUCAUUAGUGAUGUGUACCUGGACAAUGUAAUUAAUCGACAAAGUAUUUCCCCACCUAUUCCACACCUGCAUGCCUUACUCACAAGUGGAGAUGAGCCACCGCUUGAAAUUGACAUCUUUGAACUCAUCAAAACAUCUUAUGAGAAAUUCAGCAACUUGAGGGCAGAUGACAUUGAACAGAUGCGCUUUAAGCAAAGAUUGAAGGUGAUCCAAUCCCUGGAGGACACAGCCAAGAGGAGCGUGGUCCGAGCUAUAUCUGGUGACAUUGGUUUUUCUAUGGAAGAACUAGAAGAGCUUUAUAUGGUGUUCAAGGCAAAACACCUGACAAGCUGUUAUUGGGGGAGCAGCCACACUGCAGCCGCCCAUCGAGAUCAGAGCUUGCCCUACCUGGAGCAGUAUCGCAUUGACCUGGAGCAGUUCAGAGAGCUGUUUGACAGUCUAACCCUCUGGUCCUGUGGCCUCCACACACCUGUGCUGGCAGGGCGAAUGUUCCGGCUUCUAGAUGAGAACAGGGACUCUCUCAUUAACUUCAAGGAGUUUGUUACAGGGAUGAGUGGGAUGUACCAUGGUGACCUGACUGAGAAGCUUAAACUACUUUACAAAUUGCACCUGCCUCCGGCUCUGAUCUCAGAAGAGGCUGAGUCUGCUCUGGAAGCCACAAGUUAUUUCACAGAGGACAUCUCGACAGAAGUAUCUCCUUUUGUCUCCGAGCUGGAUUUCUUCUUGCACUGUGAGUCUCAAGAAGCAGCUACUCAGGAAGACAGAGGAGGGAGAAAUGAGGAUUCCAAAGAAAAAGAGGAGAAGGGUACCAGCCCCCAGGAUUACAGAUACUACCUGCGAAUGUGGGCCAAGGAAAAGUAUUCCAAGAAAGAAACCAUCAAGGAUCUCCCCAAAAUGAACCAGGAGCAGUUUAUAGAGUUAUGCAAGACCCUUUACAACAUGUUCAGUGAGGACCCAGUGGAACAAGAGCUGUACCAUGCCAUUGCCACUGUAGCCAGCCUCCUCCUACGAAUUGGGGAGGUUGGGAAAAAAUUCUCCAACCGACCCAUGAAGAAGACUGAUGACUGCAAAGCAAAUAAUACCCAAGAUGCUGUGAGUGAAGAGGAGUCACCAAUGUCUGAACACAGUCAAAAUUCAGCAGUGGAGCAGCAACCCCAACCUGACCCUGGAGACAGAGCUUCCGGCGAUAUCCAGGCUGGAAAAACCCAGCAGGAAAAACAAACUCCAGGAGAUGGGGAUGGUGGAGAAGGACCAGGAUCUCCUAUACAGCUCCUGUCAGAUGAUGAAACCAAAGACGAUAUGUCCAUGUCUUCCUACUCCAUGGUCAGCACGGGUUCCCUGCAGUGUGAAGAUAUUGCAGAUGACACAGUCCUAGUUGGUUGUGAAGCUAGCAGUUCAGCUGCAAGAUAUGGCAGCACCAUUGACACGGACUGGUCUAUCUCCUUUGAGCAGGUCUUGGCUUCCAUGCUUACAGAGACAGCCCUGGUCAACUACUUUGAGAAGAAGGUUGACAUUGGCCUGAAGAUAAAGGAGCAGAAGAAAGUAGAGAGGCAGUUCAGCUCAUCCAGUGACUAUGAUCUCUCCUCCUCAGUGUCAGGCUGAACUCAAGGAAAGCAGUAAUGUCUCAGGUGAUAAAGGGUGAGGCUAUAGACAUUGGGCAGAUGGCAGGAGUUUUUUACCGAGACCAAUAACUACACAACAACUACAGUAGAUUCUGCUGAAUAUGUGGCUUGUCACAGUGGCUGUUUAACAUAGACACCUCUCUGGAGACCCUGCUUGGUGGAAUUACGUUACAUUCUCAAGAGCAUGAAAGCUAUUAGAACCUAAUAGCCCCUAAGGCUUGCAAUUACCACUGUAAAUUAUGCAUGUCUGCCUCUGGCUAUCUUUUUUAAAUGAAGUUUUAUUUCAAACACAGCCACUCCAUGCCCUGCCCUCAUUUGCUGUAGGUUCCUGGGUAGUUUUGUACAGCAGAUGCAGCCCAGCUUGAAACUCUGUACGUCUUUGGCUGCCACUCUGUGAUCUAAGCAGUAUGUCUAAGUGCUCUAGGUCCUUGGCCUAUAAAAUAGUCUUAUUAGGUUCUUAGAUACUGUGCUGUACCUUGGCAGAUGUAUUGCAAUUGUAUCCCAUUGAUCCCAGCAUCUUGAGAUUUGAAUGCAGUAGUUUCUCAGAUCUGGAGGCUUCUAUUGGAUGUGAUUUGCCAUCCCAGUAGCGUGUGGUUUUUCAACAUUGUACAAGAAGGUUUCAUGUAAACACUGUUUUCUAAGCCUCUGUUUUUAACUCUUUGACGCAAGGAAUUGGUGGUUUUGAAUUGUCUGAAGCCACAAGCUCCUUGGCAUUGAUGCAUAAGAAGCAGUAGGGCUGUAAUAGAUAUUGGGUCUGCCAAGGGGUUAGAUCAUGGAGGCAAGUCCUGAACUGGAAAUCAACUUAUUGGAGCCUAGUUGUUACAAGCUGUCGGUACACAGAUCUGUUUUUCUUACUCUUGUUGUUUCUGACAUUAGUUUGUUCACAACCUUUCUGUCAUCACAGCCAUUAGCUUUUAAAAGAAAAAUAUCUAUGUAAUUAUAUUGUCAGGAAAUUAUUUACUUCAUUUUAAUAUACUAAUGAUGGAUCCAAUUUUUAAUAAGAUCCAUAGUAAAUUUGUCAUAAAUCAGUCGAAUAUCAAUGUAUGACCCAGGUUUACAGAACUCAUGUCAAUCACUAAAUUAUCACAGAGCAAAUGUAUCACUUAGCAGAUCAGUUUCUCACUGUGGACAGGACCACAGCAGAUCUGAUCUAUAUGAGGCAGAAAACUUACAUGAGCACCUGGUGCCACUGUGACUGUUCCUUGUAGCCUCUCUGAAGUACAGUGCUUUCCAGGAGCAUGUGCAUCUCCAGGCCUCCUGUACAACAGGAGUCCAAAGAGCUGUUUACCCCUCAGUCCUGAGAAGUAAAGCAGAAGCGGGAGGAAAGUUGUGGUGUUCUCCUCUCAGCCAUCACUCUAAUCGCUGAAAUCUGAACAGACUAGCUCACCCGCAAGUUUAAAAGCUUAUAUAGCUGGAGGGAGUGCAGCUACAGAUUACCCUCUGCAAAUUAACUGUGGACCAGCGGAAAGUAGAUGCUCCAUUUGGGAAUGGUAACCUCCCUGUGAGAGGGCCUCGCCUCCCAGGAAGCAUCAUUUCUUUUCAUACAGACAUGUUCAUCUCAUUACAAAAGCAUCUGUGUUCCAGUGGCAUGUGCCUCAUUGGCAGAGAGUGAGAAUGUUGGCAUGUGGCUGGUGCAGACCCAGUACUGAGGGUGAGCCACAUUGGUGCUUCAGGCUGGUGUUCAGAACAGAUGGGGAUGACAAAGACUGGAGCCAGCUGAUGGAUGUUCCCAAGAAAGGUACCAUUUUAUGCGAUGUUCAGUGUUACUUCCUUUUGUGGUGUUCUCUCUGUAUUCACAACCAAUGCAUAUUUCUUAAUUCUCUGCCUCCUCCGUCAUGUACCUCUGGAGAGCAGCUCUAGUAAAAUUGCUUUAUUAAUUCUUCAGUAAUUUAUUGUAAUUUUUUAAGUACAGAUAAUACAUGUGAUUUUACAUUGUCUAUGUCUGAUUUGUCAUGUGCUCAAUAAAUGAACCAGAAUACACACACA